AUGAUGUCACAUCCUUCACACUGCUAACAAAGGAUUUUCUCUUCUAUACUCCUUCCUGGUAUUCUUUAUUCAAUGGCUGCAUGGUAUCUAAUAAUGGUAUUCAUUACUGAAAAAGCUAUAUUUUUAUAAAAUUGACGCACUUUAUUAAACUUCUUUAUUAAACUAAAGAUAAAGUUGGUUUAAAAAAAUGGAACCAAUUGUAGAUAUAAAUACAAAAAGCACUACAGAUGUAAACAAUACGUCUACACAAACUCAAGAUCUUGGAAAUAAAAUAUCCUCCCUUGGUAUAAUUGCUCAAGAAUAUGAAGAUUCUGAUUCAGAAAUUAAAGGAACACAUACAGUGGAUAUAGAAAAACCUGAAAAUACUAUAAAAAAUAGUGAAAUUGUAGAAACACAAGUAGAUAUACAAGUAGAAAUACAAGUAAAUGCAAAGGUAGAUACAAAGAUAGAUGUACAAAAUAUGCAUCAGCAUCGUUCAAAGGAUAGAGUAUCAUCAAGUGACAGUAGUGAUAGUGAGAGUGAUUCCAGUAGUAGCAAUAGUAAUAACUCUUCAGACAGUGAUGAUGACUCAGAUAAUAAUCAUAAAAAUAGGGAAAAGAAAAAAAAGAAAACUAUUGUAUUUAAGGAGAUACCAGUACAGAGCGAAUUGGAUGGUCUACCACCAGUAGAAGAUUUGAAAAUUAGUGUUCCAGAGGUCAUUUGCGAUUCAUUUGGCGAGAUUACUGGAAUAGUGGAAGAAUUGGCAGUCAUAAAAUCUAGACCUAAUAAACCAGCACUUCGAGAGGAAAGUAUUCUGUUCAUAGACCGAGGUCAAAGAGCACUAGGCAAGAUAUUUGAUGUGUUUGGUCCUGUUAAAGAACCACAUUAUACCGUUCGUUUUAACAGCGUGCAACAUUUACAAGAAAAGGGAAUCAAAGUGGGCAUGCAGGUUUAUUAUUGCCCUAAUUCUAAGUACACAUUCCUCGUUUUCUUGUCUGAAGUCAUGAAAAUGAAACCCAGUGACUCAAAUUGUGAUGAUUCUGACUGCGAGCAUCCAGACUUCUCAGACGACGAAGAGGAAAAACGUUACUACGACAAGCUGCAUAAGCAGCGAAAAUAUAGUACAAAAACAGUACAAAACAGAAACAAAAAUUCGGGCGAUGAUACGCAAUCGAAGCGAAUAUGUACAUUGAAAACCUCUCACACAUUAACGAACUCUACUUCAAGUACAUCUACUUCGAAAGCUUCCACUUCGAGUACGUCUACUUCGAAAGCUUCUACUCCGAGUACGUCUACUUCAGAAUCAACUUUCUACAGGAGAAAUUCGCGGAACAUAAAUUAUUCAUCUCAGGCACUCUAUCCGCGUGGGCCAGCCUGGAAAAACAGUAAUCAGUUUAAUUGCACAAGUCAAUUUAACCAAUAUCGGCCAUCUCAAGAUAAUUCAAGAAAUGCAUGUUUCAUGUACAAUACGCUGCCGCCGUCGUAUCAAGAAAGAUACGCUGCACCGCCUUUCCUAUCGCCAACGCUGCCGCAGCACUAUACCAAUUAUAAUUCAUAUAAUUCGAACUAUGAACAUCAAUAUUAUCCGAGUACUGACAUGAGUACACAAUAUAGCUAUGUCCCUCAAUAUUCUCAUCCAUCCUACGGCGGUUAUCCUACCUUCAACUCUCCGUUUUACGAUUCCAAUCAUUCUGUUGAGUUUUCACAUUCUAACCCACAGUAUCCCCAGUCAUAUUGGUCGCCUAUAUCAUUACCUCCACCGCCUCCGCCGUCUUCAGCAUCUCCUCUUUCUUCAUCACCUCCGCCAAACAAUUUUACGAAUAAAUAAAAUGACUGUUAAAGUUUAUUUAAA